ACGAACUGCCAAAUGUCUUCGAUUAUAAAUAUAGGCAAAAAUUAUCAUCACAAAUAGUAUUGAUAAUGCAAUUAACCAAGCAUAAUCCAUUUCAUUUAGAAGAGUUUUUUUAUGAUAACAUGACAUUUUUAAACCUCUUCUUUAUGUCCGACAGAUUGGAAAACGUAACCCAAACAAUUACCAGAAUUCUCGAUGGUUACGACAUUCGAUUACGACCAAAUUUUGGUGGAGAACCUUUGCCUGUUGGGAUGGAUUUGACAAUUGCAAGUUUUGAUGCUAUUUCCGAAGUGAACAUGGAUUACACGAUAACAUUGUACUUGAAUCAAUAUUGGAAAGACGAGAGACUAGCAUUUUCACAAGAAGGUGAUGUACUAACACUUAGCCAUGAUUUUGCUGAAAAAAUAUGGGUACCAGAUACAUUUUUUGCAAAUGAUAAAAACAGAGGUUUCGUUCCCAGCUUUCUUCAUGAUGUUACCGAGCGUAACAAACUUGUACGACUUUCUGGGGAUGGCUCAAUUACAUAUGGAAUGAGAUUUACAACAACACUGGCAUGCAUGAUGGAUCUACAUUAUUAUCCUCUUGACUCACAAAAUUGUACUGUUGAAAUUGAAAGUUAUGGAUAUACAGUAUCAGAUGUUGUUAUGUAUUGGAAAGAUACACCAGUACGUGGUGUUGAAGAAGCUGAACUACCACAAUUUACAAUAUUAGGAUAUGAAACAAAUGAUAGAAAAGAACGUCUUGAUACUGGUAUUUAUCAAAGAUUAUCAUUGAGUUUUAAACUUGAACGUAAUAUUGGUUAUUUUGUAUUUCAAACAUAUUUACCAAGUAUAUUAAUUGUCAUGUUGAGUUGGGUGAGUUUUUGGAUUAAUUAUGAAAGCACAGGUGCACGAGUAGGUUUAGGUAUUACAACUGUACUGACAAUGACAACAAUAUCAACUGGUGUUAGAAGUUCAUUACCACGUAUAAGUUAUGUAAAAGCAAUUGAUAUAUAUCUUGUAACAUGUUUUUUUUUUGUAUUUGCUGCAUUACUUGAAUAUGCUGCUGUUAAUUAUUCAUAUUGGGGUGCUAAAGCUAGAAAAAAAACUAAACAAAAAAAAAAAGAUAUUAUGGAAAGAAAAAUAACAAUACAUGCUACAGCUAGUAGAUCAAGUCCAAUAUUGAUAGAAUCAACAGACACAGGUAUUAUUGAACUUGAAGAUUUUCGUACAUCACCAUUGCCAAGUAUUCGUAGUCGUUCUGGUAUUUCAAGUUGUGCAACAACACCUGGAACAACAAUUCGUACAACUGAUUUUCCACCAAGUUUUAGACCAGCACGUUAUAAUACACGAAAUACUGGUCUAAGAUAUCGUGGAUCACGUCAAAACAAACCAAAGGUACUUCGAGCAUUGACAAGAGGUGCAGGUGUAUUACGUGCAUCAAUACCAAAAAUUAAAGAUGUCAAUGUUAUUGAUAAAUAUUCACGUAUUAUAUUUCCAGUAAGCUUUAUACUUUUUAACAUGACAUACUGGAGUUUUUAUGUAGUUUAAAAGAAUAAUUAAAUAAAUUUAAAAAAAGAACAAUUGUAUAUUAUAAAUUGUUGGAAAAAUAAUGACCAACAAUUCCAUUGGCAUCUAUCAUGAAAUUGAUAAAUAUAAUAAUAAUAAUAACAAUAACAUUAUUAGUAUUUAAAAAAAAGUACUGAAUGAACC